AUGUCGGAUACAGGACGUAGCCCUCGACCCGCAGGCUCCCAACUGAGACAACGACGUGGCGGCGGUGCAGCCGCCGCCUCUUCUGGUCGCGCUCGUGCUGGUAACAGUGGAGGGCUAUGGCGUUUUUACACUGAAGACUCCACUGGUCUGAAGAUUGGCCCUGUGCCAGUGCUUGUGAUGAGCUUGGUUUUCAUCGCGUCUGUAUUCGUUCUACAUAUUUGGGGAAAGUUCACACGAAGCCGCGCUUAA